CGGGAAACUAUAGUUCACUCAGCUUACUGUAGCUGUUUGUAUCCUUUGAUCGCUGCGGUCAUGAUGUAGUUACUGGUUUACGGAACAAGCUGCUAUCGUCUCAGCUCUCAAUACGGUGGUUUCUUUGAAAGAAAAUAAACUUGAAUAUUUGUUUUUGGAGGAACUGAAGGAUCAUUACAUCCUAUUUCAAUAUGAGUAAAUGCUUUGUGAAGGGAUGUCCAUCAAAGCACGACAAGCACACCAAAUCAACAGACAUCAGUUUACAUUGUUUUCCAAGAUCAAUAGAUAGAAUCAGACAAUGGCUAUCAGCCACAGGAAAACCUUUCGAUAAUUUUGAGAAAAUAGUUGAAAAAGUUAUGAUGCCAAAAUCGACUGUAAAUUAUAGAAUUUGUUCUAAACAUUUUGAAAAGGAAUGCUUUACAAUGGUUGGAUCGAGGAUGAAAUUAAAACCUGAUGCAGUUCCAACUAUUGCCAUAAAUCUUUUUCAAGAAAAUGUCUUUGCAACAAGCUGGGAUCCAAUGCCGUCAUGUUCUGGCAUUACAACAUCAGAAAGUGACAGACAAAGACAGGUGGAAGCAAUAUCUAGCGAUAGUGAUAAUAUAACUGAAAUCACUCCAGAACCUGAUUUACUUUCCUGGAACAUAGAUCAGUAUAGCAGUAAUAUUUCAACUUCACAUAGCUUGCAUGAGGAACCAGCCAUAUCAUUGCAAACUAUAUCAAGUGAUCGUAGUCAAUCAACAGAUCUUGAAAAUAGUAGAACGAAGGAUAUAAACGUAAAAACAUUGGAAUUCAUGACAAAACAAUAUCGAAUAAUAAAACCAAAUACACCAUCAAAACAAAAAUACAAGGAUAUUGUUCCUGAAAUUGAUGUUGACGUUAUAAGACGUUUUCAUAAAAAUACAUCAACAUUUACCAAGAAAAACGUUUCUACAACUACUGCAAAUCUGGUAAAAACUAAUUCUGUUGGUACUUGGACUGGCACCUAUGAAUUCUUCAUGUCUGAGAUUGCCAAUUAUCAAAGAAUGUUUGAAGAUGAGGAUGCAACAUUAGAAAAUCAAGCUGUCUCUACUCCGAUGCAGAUAACUAAACAAUAUCGCUUAUCCACAUCUAUCCCAAUUAAUGUUAUUGAAUCACGGAUUCCGAAGGCAACAGUUGUUCACACUAACUCACCUAUUAAGGAACAACAUCAUAGAGAUGUAUUGGAUGUUCAAAUCCCACUUACAAAAUCAGAAGAUGAACAAGAAUUGGAGGAAUCCAACAUCUGUCUUCCUAUCAAUGAAAAAUACAUUUCCUAUGUACCUAAAUCAGCAAUGUCUCCAACCUCUGAAGAAGGUCAUAUGGAUAUGAAGCCUUCAGAUGGCUCAGCGGUUGAGCACAGAGGAGAACCAUAUUUGUGUUAUCAGGUGAAGACUGAGGAGGAUGAAGUGCCUAUAAAUACGGCUACAGGGCGUCUAGAGGAAAACCCGGGCACUGGGCUAUUAAAAGUGAAGGAAGAGGAUGAGACAGAUGACAUGAAUAGUCAUCAGACUGAAAUACAUUGGUCCCUCCCUGCCGAUGAAGAUAACGCUGAUAUAGUGAAAGUUGAGAUAACAGAAGAUUUGUUUGUGAGGCAUCAGCUGGGAGCCCUGGAUGAGGAAACCAGUGACAGUAUCAACCCAGGUGAAUUUACAAACUGCAGUAAUGCUAGUUCUAGCUAUGGUGAAAAUACAGAUACUUGUUUUAAUCUUCAAAAUCAAAGAAGCAAUGUGGGAAAUGUUGUAUAUGGGAAAUAUUUUUCCAGACAAACAAAUCUUUUAAAACAUCAGAAAAUUCAUACAGGAGAGAAAGCAUUUACCUGUUCUUACUGUGGAAAAUGUUUUGAACGGAAAUCAAAUCUUACUACACAUCAGAAAAUUCAUACAGGAGAGAAAGCAUUUUCAUGUUCUUACUGUGGGAAAUGUUUCACUUGGAAAGCAAAUCUUACUACACAUCAGAGAAUUCAUACAGGAGAGAAAGCAUUUUCAUGUUCUGAAUGUGGGAAGGGUUUUACUGACCAAUCAACUCUUAUUAGACAUCAGAAAAUUCAUACAGGAGAGAAAGCAUUUUCGUGUUCUGAAUGUGGGAAGUGUUUUACUGACAAAUCAACUCUUAGUAGACAUCAGAAAAUUCAUACAGGAGAGAAAGCAUUUUCAUGUUCUUACUGUGGGAAGUGUUUUACUCAGAAAUCAUCUCUUAUUAAACAUCACAAAACUCAUACUGAAUGUUGAAAAUGUUUUACCAGCAAAGGAAUUUUUUUACUCAUCAAAAACUUUAUACAGGAUAGAAAGGAUUUCCAUGUUUUUAAUAUAGGAAACGUUUUGUUUAGAAGUUACAACUUAUUGGACAUCAGAAAAUUCAUACUCGAGGGAAAGCAUUGUCAAAAUUUAUGUUAACAUCAAAUGUGCAAGAGCCUUCCUAAAGUCCUUGUCUGGUUUAGGAUGGACCCCCCCACCCCAGCUGCAUAAAAAGCAUUGUGCGGAAUUAUAACAACAAAAUAUAUAUAUAUUUCUUUUUAUAAAUACAUUUUUUAAAAUAU